UUGGUUCUUACUAGGUUGUUCUGAAUUUGCACCUACGCAAGCAACCCCAUUCUUCUCGACUUCGUCACUUACAACAAACCCUUUUUUUUUAAUUUCAUUGACGGAGUUAGAAAUCUAAACGAAUGGACUAAUGAAGAAAUUUAAAUCAUGAUCGUUAGAAAGGAGAGAUAGAGCCUUAUCAACUAGUCUAUUUUUCGGAAUUUAUUAAAAAUUUUAACCUCUCGUUGGUAAUCACCUACGCAAGCAACCCCAUUCUUCUCGACUUCAUCACUUACAACAAACCUUUUUUUUUUAAAUUUCAUUGACGGAGUUAGAAAUCUAAACGAAUGGACUAAUAAAGAAAUUUAAAUCAUGAUCGUUAGAAAGGAGAGAUAGAGCCUUAUCAACUAGUCUAUUUUUUGGAAUUUAUUAAAAAUUUUAACCUCUCGUUGGUAAUCACCUACGCAAGCAACCCCAUUCUUCUCGACUUCAUCACUUACAACAAACCUUUUUUUUUUAAAUUUCAUUGACGGAGUUAGAAAUCUAAACGAAUGGACUAAUAAAGAAAUUUAAAUCAUGAUCGUUAGAAAGGAGAGAUAGAGCCUUAUCAACUAGUCUAUUUUUCGGAAUUUAUUAAAAAUUUUAACCUCUCGUUGGUAAUCACACGAAGUCCUUAAACGACUAGCCACAGAGUGAGGUCCUUGAGAGAAGAAGAAUUUGCAAUGGGUUGCGGCGCGGUCGAGUUUCUCGCCCCGUCGGGGACAGGCUGCCCCCAUUAUUUUCUGACGGGCCAAGCCUUAUAUUGAUAUGGGCUCAUGGGCCUUUGCAGUUAAUUGGACCCUAGCCCUCGUCCAAAUAUAAGUAUCUCCAUCCGUCUGUCCUUCCACGUGGAUUUUGUGGAUGGGAGGGAAGGAGAAGGACAGCAAUGGAUGUCUGGAUGAUGUGCCAGCCAGAGAAAACAGAAUCCUUCUUCUUCUUCCCCCCGCUCACUCUGCUUGCCUUGCAGCCAUAGCCACUUGAUAAACCAGAAAGCUCCAAGACAAAAUGCCCUUAGGAGCAGCUUCGGUUCCUCGCCUGCAAUCGGCAUUUCUCUGUUGCCCUCUCAAAUCGCCAUGUUCGUCUCCUUCCAAGUCCGCCAGAAGCUCCACCCUUCAAUCCCCCCGGCGGCCGCCUUAUCCUUUCGUUAGAGCCGCUGAUCUCGACGCCAACACGAUUACAGCCAUAUCCGUUGGGCUAGUCAGCGUGGCAGUGGGGAUUGGCAUUCCAGCAUUCUACGAGUCCCAAAUCGAUAAUGCUUCAAAGAGGGACAACACUCAGCCUUGCUUCCCCUGUAGCGGCUCCGGUGCCCAGAGAUGCAGAUUUUGUGAGGGAACUGGCUCGGUGACGGUGGACUUAGGAGGGGGAGAGAAAGAAGUGUCUCCAUGUAUCAACUGUGACAGUGCUGGUUCGUUGACUUGCACCACAUGUCAAGGCUCCGGGAUUCAACCGCGUUACCUCGAUCGGAGGGAAUUCAAAGACGACGACUGAAUUACGUUUAGUUCGAUCCCAAGAACUUGGGUACAUUUUGGUCCCAACUCUGAACAUAUGGAAGAGAAGAUCCAACAGUCAUUCUUUCCAGUCUACUUGUAACCUUGCAUCUAUGUGCCUCUCCAACUACUCUUUAUAGAGCUUUUUUCGUCAGAUCUUAUACUCUUGUUACACUGUUGAUACUGUACAAUUUCCCCUCUUUUUGUUGAGACCCAACAGUAAAAAGUGAUACAUUAUCUCUAUUAAGCUUGGCUCCAAGUUAAGAACCGGUUUGGUGGUGAUUUCACAUCCAUACUAAUCAACGUAGAAAACCAGAGGGAACAAGAAGAACAGAGUAAGUGAAGUAAAAAAGAGGUUCAGAGUUGCCUGUGAAGAGGUUCAGUUAGAAAGCUUUGGGCAAACUUGCUUGUCUAGAGGGUUCCUUCAUUCAAUCAUUAUAUAGAGUUGACUUGUUUCGAAAUGCGACUUGUUCUUGCUGCAUAAGAUGGAGAUACCGGUUGAGUUGGGUUCGCUCUGGUGGGAAGCGAGGACCAGAUGAUAGUUUCAGGACCUGUGAAGCAACUUUUUUCAGUUGAUUUUGGGUCACCUUUGCAUAGCCCUGAGAUAACAGGCAAAAUACAUCUAGGAGGAAGAAGUGCUGAACAUCUAUUGAAUUAAAACAAGCAACGAUUCAGACCAGAAAGAUAUAAAUUUUGGUCCCAACUCUGAACAUAUGGAAGAGAAGAUCCAACUGUUGAUACUACACAACGAUCUUUCUUUUGGUGGUGUUUUCAUAUCCAGACUAUAAACCCAGAAAACAGAUGCAACAACAGGAACGGAGUAAGUAGAGUAAAAAGACGGGACAGAA